UUUCGCUUCCUAACUUCCAUAACUGCUCUGCUUCUAUCACCAAACUCAUCACCGCACCAUGAAGUCCAAAAAGCGAAGGUCCAACCUCCAAUCUCCGUCUCCGCCCAAGAAGAGGCUUCGGUCUCAGCUUCCACGCCGCAGGCGGGAUCCGAUUUCUCCUUUUUUCUGCUCGCCGGACUCCAGCUCUGGCUCCUUCCACGGAGGAGGACCUGAGGUUUCUACCAAACUCGAAGCGGUUUUUGGAUUCCAGCGUGGUACUGCGGGUGCGAGGAAGAGACGAUUCGGUUCCAUUGGUGGCGAUCUUCAAGUCAAUUUGAAUUUGGAUGCUGCUUCAAAUGGAGUGUCCAGAGGUUGCUUGCAGGAGGAGUGCGAGGUUAGGAAGAGUAAUGUGGAAGUGUCUGAAUCGUCUUGCGUGGAGUCGAAUUCUGGAGUCGAUUUUGGUGUUGUUGGACCGAGUAACUCCAGGUUGAAGAGUAGGAGAGAGUUUAGGAGAACUAUUGACCAAAACAAAGAUCCAGCGGGCAAUGGAGUUCUGGAGUUCCAAUUCACUGAGGCUGAUGUCUCGUCGAAGCUUUGUGGAAAGGGAGCUGUGCCGUCCAAUCCUUGUGUACCGUCUUGUGCUGAAUCUAUCCUCGAGAGCGUCUGUUCCUUCGAAGAGAAAGGACUAGAGGUUGAAGAAAACGGACUAUGGGACUUUCAGUUACAAGAGAUACCGAGAAAUGAGAUCAAUGAAACUUUCACUGUUUCGAAGUCGGAUUCCACGAUAGAACAGUGGCCUAACAGCUUGAAGUUUGAAUCGGAUCUUGCUUGCACAGAGCAGUUCUCUUACGAGGAUGUUUCGGAAUACUCUAGCCAGGCCUUGUCCGAGCUUCGGUCAACUAUUCUAUUGGAGACGUCUGAUACGGACUGCUCAGAUUACACUCCUUCAAUUUUCUUGGAAUCCGGAAGCGAAUUUUCAGAAAAAUCAAACGACGACGCAACUCCUUCAUCAACAUUCAGCAUGCUGGUGCAGUACAGGCGCGACUUUCUAAGAUCAAGUGCCUCUCAAGACAUUAGAACUGGCACAUCUAUUGAAGAAGAGAAAGUAGAUCAAUCUACGAUUUUGAGAUUCGAAGAAUUGGACAAUGAAGAAGCCUAUCGAAUGAUCAGAAACAGAGAAAGACGCCAAUUGAUUAUUCGCGACUACGAAGAAGAGUACCGGUCGUCGACGGAUUAUGGCGAUCUCAUUCUCCAGGAACGGUCAAAUAUGGUCCAAUGGAUAGUUGAAAGAUCGAGAGAUACCAAACUUCAUCAGGAGACGACAUUUUUAGGAGUUACCCUCCUGGACCAGAUUCUGAGCAAAGGAUUCUUCAGAGCUGGAAGCCACCUUCAAAUUCUGGGCAUUGCAUGUCUAACUUUGGCUACUAGAAUCGAAGAAAAUCAGUCAUACAGCUGGUUGCAGCAAAGGAAUAUUCGUGUAGGGAGCAACACGUAUAGAAGAUCUGAAGUUGUUGGUAUGGAAUGGCUUGUUGAAGAAGUUCUAAAGUUCCAUUGUUUCCUGCCAACUGUCUACAACUUCUUGUGGUUCUACCUGAAAGCUGCUGGAGCUGACACAGAUUUGGAGAAUCGAGCUAAGAACUUCGCAGUGCUUGUUCUGUCAGAGAAAGUCCAAUUUUGUUAUUACCCUUCAACUAUUGCAGCUGCGGUUGUCAUCCUGGCGUCCCUAGGAGAAAAACAGGAUGCACCAAGUCAACGAGUCAUCGAGACUCAUAUCAGAACAGAAAACGAUGAUCUGCACGAAUGUAUCGAGAGCUUGGAAUGGCUAUUAAAGUUUUUAUGAUGGAAAGCAUCAUUUCCUAACAGCAAAUAAGCCAUUUCUGUUCCAUUGACUUUCACAUAUUCUUCCUUCCUGACCACUUAAGACCAACCUGAACAGCUGGUGAAGGUCACUCUCUCAGGUAGGACAUUCAAUUCUCGUCUUCCAUCACCUGUGAAAGAAAAAUAUGAUGGAUUGCCAAAAAUCAUCUUUG